AUGGCGCUUUCUAGCUGGAAACAUUUCCCAUUCUUCAACGUAUCUCAGGUCCCUGUGCCUGCGGAUGAAGAAGGUUCAUACAUCUUCGAGAAUGACAUUGUAUCGAUAGCUACUGGCUCUGAGUCGCUGUUCCUCGGCUCCUCCGACGGUUCUGUACGCAUCCUUUCUCGAGCGCUAAAAGUUGUCCGAACGUUCCACGCAUCGGACACGUUAGAUGCUUCCAUCACACACAUUAGACAGAUACCUGAGACACCUUUUCUGGUUACCAUCUCCGAGAAUCUAUCGUCGGAGCCCCUGCUAAAGGUAUGGGCACUGGACAAGACUGAGAAGAAGACGGGGGGACCUCGGUGCCUAUGUACAAUUGCGGUUCAGAACGGCAGAAGACAAUUCCCUGUCUCGGCACUCGUCGUCCUGGAUGACCUGAGCCAAGUGGCUGUUGGCUUUGCGAAUGGCUCCGUGACUGUUAUACGGGGAGACUUUGUUCACGAUAGGGGAACCAAGCAGAGGACUGUAUUCGAAUCCGAAGAUCCCAUCACUGGUCUCGAAAUUCGACAAAGCGCGACAAAAGUCCUAUACAUCGCAAACACUGCGAAAAUUUGCAGCCUCAUUAUCUCCGGCAAAGGUCAGGGCCAGACUGCGCGUACCGUCGACAGUCGAGGGUGCAAUGUAGGCUGUAUGACACAAGACCGAGAAACUGGUGAUAUCGUGAUUGCUCGGGAAGACGCCAUCUACUACUAUGGCCCAGGGGGGCGCGGACCCAGCUAUGCCUUCGAAGGCCCCAAAAAGAUAGUUAAGAUGUACAAGGAAUACGUCGGUGUGGUCUGCCCACCUCGAGUGGCGCAAGUGUCCAAAUCCAAAGCCUUCAGGCAAUUGGCAGGCGACGAGAUUGACGAGCUAUUCAGCAGUUCAUCGUUCACUUUGCUCGACACUGAUCUCAAAUUCGUCGCCCAUACCGAGUCGCUCCCAACGCAGGUCAAGGAUGUUUUUGUGGAAUGGGACGAGCUGUUUCUUUUGACUUCAGAGGGAAAGCUGUUCAGGUAUCAAGAAAAAACACUACAGCAGAAGCUCGAGAUCCUCUAUCAGCGCCACCUGUAUAUUCACGCGAUAAACCUUGCCCAGAAGGCCGGGGCCGACAAAGUCCAGCAGAACAGUAUUUUCCGAAAGUAUGGUGAUUUUCUAUAUCAGAAAGGUGAUUAUGACACGGCCAUGCAGCAAUAUCUGCGGGCGAUAGACAAUACGGAGCCAUCACAGGUUAUACGACGAUUCCUGGACACUCAGAGGAUACACAACCUCAUCGACUACCUUGAGGAGUUACACGAACACGAUAAAGCAUCUCCUGACCAUACAACACUACUCCUCAACUGCUAUGCGAAAUUGAAAGACACCGAGAAGCUCGACGCCUUUAUCCGGGCUGCUGGCACAGCGAGGUUUGACAUCGAGACGGCCAUUGCAAUGUGCCGUCAGGGAGGAUAUUAUGAACAAGCAGCAUACCUCGCCACGAAACAUGGCGAAAAUGAAUUGGUGAUUGACAUUUUGAUCGAGGACUCGAAGAAGUACGCCGAGGCCUUGCAGUAUAUCUGGCGACUUAGCCCAGAAGCAGCGUACCCAGUGUUGAUGAAGUACGCCCGAAGUCUAAUUGAGCACUGCCCAGAAGAGACAACAAAGCUAUUUAUUGAGUAUUACACUGGGCGAUACGCUCCGAAGCAAGACAUACCUGCUGUGUCGGAAGUCCAGGCGCAAACUGGUGGAGGCGCAUUCCAGACUCUGUCGGCUCUUUGGACGCUGCCCUUCAUGAGCAGAGCAUCCACCACCAAUGGGAUAGCAACAGGCGACGAACAGAAAAGCGUGGAGGAGGAAACCCCUACGGCGUCAGUUGUAAACGCUCCAUUAUACUCUGUUCCUCGGCCACGAAGUGCAUUCUCUGCGUUCAUUGCACGUCCCGCUGAGUUUGUUCAAUUCCUCGAGGCGCUCGUCCUUCAGGAAAACCUGGCGAAAGAAGACAGGUCCGAUUUAUCGACCACGCUCUUCGAAAUGUACCUUGAGGCAGCGAACAAUUCUCGAGAUAUUGCUGAGAAGGAUAAAUGGCAGGCCAAGGCAACCAGCUUGAUUGCGGACAAUAACACAGAGUCGCUAGACGAAUCCAAGAUCGAUACCUCCAACGUCCUCUUACUGUCUUCUUUGUCAAAAUUCCCAACCGGCACCACCUUGGUACGAGAACGAGAAAACCUCUAUGCAGAUAUUUUCCGAUCCUUUACGGCAGCGAAAGACACCUCUGGCGCAAUUUCGGCGUUGAGAAAGUACGGUGGAAAAGACCCUUCUCUGUAUCCACUCGCAUUGGGGUAUUUUUCUUCGUCCGAAGGUAUCCUCAAGGAGCCAGGGGUCAAGGAUGAGUUACAGACCGUACUCAAGAAAAUUGACCAAGAGAAACUCAUGGCGCCACUUCAAGUGGUCAAGGUCCUGUCCCAAGGAGGGGCGGUGACUAUGGGUAUGGUCAAGGCAUAUCUCUCGGACAACAUCCAACGGGAAAGGAAGGAAAUUCAAACAAAUCGCCGUUUGAUAGAUUCCUACCGAACAGAAACCGCGUCGAAGAAAUCGGAACUGGCGGAUCUUGAGACGAAGCCUGUCGUGUUUCAGGCACGUCGCUGCUCUUCUUGUGCCAGAAAUCUGACAUUACCUACGGUUCACUUUAUGUGCAAGCACUCGUUUCAUCAAGAAUGUUUGAACAAGCCUGGUCUUGGCAUGGAUGACGACGAUGACGACCAGAUCGAGUGCCCCAUAUGCAAGCCGGGCAACGACACUAUCCGAGCCAUUCGUCGACAGCAGGUGGAGAGUACCGAGCAGCACGAUCUCUUCAAGGCAGCUUUGGCCCGAAGCAACAGCCGAUUUAUGACGGUGAGCGAGUUCUUCGGGCGUGGUGUGAUGGGCACAGUACCUUCCGGAGAAUGA